CUUGGUGAGCUCCACUGUCUCUUUCACAGGGAAAUGGGGGAAAAUCAGACUUCCAUCACAGAGUUCCUUCUCCUGGGAUUUCCACUUGGCCCACGGUUUCAGAUGCUUCUCUUUGGGCUCUUCUCUCUGUUCUAUGUCCUCACCUUGCUGGGGAAUGGGGUCAUCCUGGGAUUCAUUUCCCUGGACUCCAGACUGCACACCCCCAUGUACUUCUUCCUCUCACACCUCGCCAUCGUCGACAUGGCCUAUGCCUGCAGCACGGUGCCCCAGAUGCUGGUGAACCUCCUGGAUCCUGCCAAGCCCAUCUCUUUCACUGGCUGCUUGACGCAGACCUUUCUCUUUUUGAGUUUUGCACAUACCGAAUGUCUUCUCCUGGUGGUGAUGUCCUAUGACCGGUAUGUGGCCAUCUGCCACCCCCUCCGAUAUUCUGCCAUCAUGACCUGGAGACUCUGCAUCAUUCUGGCGGUGACUUCCUGGAUUUUAGGAGUCUUCUUGGCCCUUGUACAUCUAGUGUUACUCCUACCAUUGCCCUUCUGUGGACCUCAGAAAGUUAAUCACUUUUUCUGUGAAAUUAUAGCUGUUCUCAAACUUGCUUGUGCAGAUACCCAUAUUAAUGAGGUCAUGGUCUUGGCUGGGGCAGUAUCCGUGCUGGUGGGACCCUUCUCUUCAAUUGUGAUAUCUUAUAUUCAUAUUCUCUGUGCCAUCCUAAAGAUCCAGUCAGGGCAGGGGCGCCAGAAAGCCUUCUCCACCUGCUCCUCCCACCUCUGUGUGGUUGGACUCUUUUAUGGCAUAGCCAUUAUCAUGUAUGUUGGGCCCCGACAUGGGAACCCUGAGGAUCAGAAGAAAUAUCUCCUGCUGUUUCACAGCCUAUUCAAUCCCAUGCUCAACCCCCUGAUCUACAGUCUUAGGAACAAAGAAGUCAAAGGUGCUCUGAUGAGGAUGCUUGAAAAGGAGGGAACUUCAUGAAAGCCUUACAAAAUAAUAAAAUAACUGGGUUUAAUGG